AAAAUUUAUUUCUAUUAACUUCUAUGAAUUAUUCUGAUAUUUUAGGUCCCCAAGCAUAAGAAACUAGAUAUAUUACAAAUUGUGGAAGUAGAAUUAAAUUAGAUCAUAAUUUGUACUUUAAACAUGUGCACUCUUGCUAAAUAUGUAAAGAGAAGUCACCUUUUAUUAAUUAAAUGCAACAUUUAAAUAAUAUUGAAAAUUACUAAUUUUAUGAACUCAUUGGAUUAAAGUCAACAUUAGAAAUAUUGGUUGAUGAAAUAAAUUAAAAUUUUUAAAAGAAGGAAUUCUAUUCUGAUGAAUAUGAAGAAUUUUUAUUGAGUUUUGAUCCUUUUAUGUGUACUGACUGUGGUUCAGCUUAAAUUCCUUAAAAUUAAAAAGAAAUUAAAUACCACAUCAAAAACUGCAAAGAUGCUAGAGAAAAUGCUCCCUUCUAUUAGCAACUACAAAAAAUUAAUUUUUCCGAUUAUUGGGAAAUACAUAUUAAAGCCUUUACACUUGAUGUACUUUAUAUAAUUAAUUUGGUUACACUUUUCAUCAUUAAAAAACUAGUAACGUUAUUCAAUAUAUUGCAAUUAGGUUGAACAAUAUGACAAAUAAAAUCAAAAAAAUUUUAAAGGAUAAAGUCAAAAAUGUGAAUAAUGCGAAUCAUUUAAAUGUAUAAAAUAUUAAUAAAAAAAGCUCACUUUAUAAAUCAUGAAGCUUGUAAUACCAUGGUUUGUACUGAUUGUCAUAUAAAUAAAAUAAAAUAAUAAUUAUAAGAAAAUUGUCUAUUAGUAGUAUGCUUUAAAUGUUAAAAGAGGCUUUCCUCAUAAUUCAUUUAUGUAAAUUAUCUAUAUAACUUUAGAAAAUUGUUAAAGCAAUUAAUAAUUGA